AGAUAAGAUAUGAUAACGUGGUUGAUCCAUUCCACGUGGUAGUGCUAGGGAAGAAGCAGUAAGCACUGAGCUUGAAGUAAUAGAUGGACAGCAGUCGCAAUUUCUUGCUUAGUUCUCAUGUGGCGCCAUCCCCACCCGUCAAAGUCAAAGCACAGGAAAUUCGGGUAUGCACCAACCGCACCUGCCGCAGACAGGGCUCAUUUCAAACCCUAGAAACUCUAUCUGGCCUCGCUCCUCCAAACGUCGCCGUGAAGUCCUGCGGGUGCUUGGGGCGGUGCGGUGGCGGUCCCAAUCUGGUGGUCCUGCCUGAUGGCCUCAUCGUUGGCCAUUGCGGGACGGCUGCUCGGGCGGCGGAGGUCAUAGCGACUCUGUUUGCCGGAGCUGGAGGCCAUGACCCAAAGACUUGUUUAGAUGCGCUUGCUUUGAGGAAGAGAGCGGAGAUUGAGUUUGCCAAGCGAAACUUCACUGAGGCUGAGCUUCUACUCUCACAGGCUAUAGAUUUAAAACCAUUUGGUGGCAUACAUAUCACUUUUAAAUGCAGGUCAUUUGUAAGGCUGGAAUUGGGCAACUACUCUGGUGCCCUCGAAGAUGCUGAAGAGGCUUUGGCAUUGGCUCCCGGUUAUUCUGAGGCUUAUAUCUGCCAAGGUGAUGCCUUUUUGGCGUUGAACAAAUUUGAUUUGGCAGAGCAGUCAUAUUCAGCAUCCUUAGUUAUAGAUCCUUCGAUUCGUCAUUCUAAAUCAUUCAAGGCUCGGAUAGCAAAACUUCAGGAAAAACUUGCUGCUGUCAAGACACUGUGAGAUCUAGAUAGUAAAUGAAGGUCCAGUUAAUUCAGAUACAGUGAUGUCAGAAGGAAUAAAAUUUUUAUCAACUGUUUCCGGGCAUUAAAAUGCCAUUUGCGUUGUAUUUCAAUUUUCUGGUCUCAAAUAUCAAUUGACUAUUUUUAUUAUCGUAGUAUUUUAGAAUACGACAACCAAAGGAAAUGGUUUUGCAACCAUUAGCCGUGGAAUUAUUACAACUAUGAGCAAAUAGAAAAUGAAAAGAAAGAAAGGCUCCGGUGUAUAGAAAGGACCUGGCCGUUUCUAAAAAAAAUCAUAGAAACGAUGAAAUCCACCCAUUUUUUAUAUAUGUC